CUUAACUCCAUCUUUCAGAUCUCAGCUUACAAUAAAUACUGCAAUUGUUUACAUGCACAGGUUUUAUAUGCAUCAUUCCUUCACCAAAUUUAAUAGAAACGGUGAAGGGAGUGGUCUCAAAGGGAAUGAGAGUCACUUUUAAAUUCAUACUCCCAAGCCAUCUGGCACGUUCUUUGUAGACAAGGCAAAGGCCAAAGACUUAAUAAAUGUUAUCCAAAUCUUCAGAGUGGUUGGUCAGCUGAUAUCUUAAGUACUGCAUUCAUCCACUGCAAGAAGAAACUAACUGUUAGAAAUUAAAAAUAUACAAGAACCCAUUUUCAGACUUAGUUAUCUUUAAGCCUUUUUUAUUUAGAUAAUUCAAAUGGUUUCCUUAUAAAGCUUCAGACUUGGCAUACUUGUUGUCUUCAGUGAGGAGCAUAUAUACUGCUAGAGGUAAUGAUUGCUGAGCUACUCCUGAGAAACGACCUACUCUCACAAAUAAUUUCUCCUACUGCAUUGUUUUUGGCUGCUAAAGUAGAAGAACAGCCACGAAAACUGGAACAUGUUAUCAAAGUAGCACAUGCCUGCCUUCAUCCUCAAGAGCAACAGCUGGAUACAAAAAGUGAUGCAUACCUUCAGCAGGCCCAAGAACUGGUUAUACUUGAAACAAUAAUGCUUCAGACUUUAGGUUUUGAGAUUACCAUUGAACAUCCACACACAGAUGUUGUGAAAUGUACGCAGUUAGUGAGAGCAAGCAAGGAUUUGGCACAGACAUCUUAUUUCAUGGCUACCAACAGCCUGCACCUUACUACCUUCUGUCUUCAGUACAAACCCACAGUGAUAGCAUGUGUGUGCAUUCAUUUGGCAUGCAAGUGGUCCAAUUGGGAGAUUCCUGUAUCGACGGAUGGAAAGCAUUGGUGGGAAUAUGUUGAUCCUUCAGUUACUCUGGAAUUGCUGGAUGAGCUAACGCAUGAGUUUCUGCAAAUACUAGAGAAAACACCUAGCAGGCUGAAGAGGAUUCGUAACUGGAGGGCUAAUCAGGCUGCUAAGAAACCGAAAGGUGAUGGACAGGUGUCUGAGAAUUCUCUUCUUGGUUCAUCUUUGGUCCAGAAUUCCAUUUUGGUGGAUACUGUUACUGGUGUAUCUGCCAACCCAAGCUUCCAAAAACCAUCAACGUCGACCUUUCCUGCACCAUUACCUCUGAACUCAGGGAGUAUGUCAAGAAUGCCAAGUACCUCAUAUAGUUUGGCAUCGCACCAGGAAUGGCCUCAACAUCAAGAUCAAACAAGGACCGAACAAAUAUAUUCUCAGAAACAGGAAACUUCAUUACCUGGUAAUCAGUACAAUCUGAACUUUCAACCAGGAACUUCUGUACAGUUGCAUUCUGGAUUACAUCACAGAACUGAAAAACUUACUGAGCAUUCCACUGGUAAACAAGACUAUGCUCACAAGUUGGGAAACAAACACCAUGGACAGGUUGCUGCUCCUGUAAUUCCUCAAAAAAUGUCCUUGGAUAAAUACAGAGAGAAACGCAAACUAGAAACGCUUGAACUGGAUGUAAGGGAACAUUAUGUAGCUACCCAAAUAGAACAGCAACAUAAAAAGCACAUCCAACCACAAGCAGCCAGUAGCAGUUCUGUAACGUCACCUAUUAAAAUGAAAAUUCCUGUUGCAAAUGCAGAGAAACCAGAAAAACAUGUGUCUGAUAAAAAAGAAAAGGGUGGAUCACUCAAACUGCGAAUACCAAUCCCAUCUGCAGAAAAGGGUUCUAGUAAAGAAGAUCUGAAAGUGAAAAUUAAAGUUUCUUCAGAAAGACAUAGUUCGUCGGAUGAGGGCAGUGGAAAAAGCAAGCACUCGAGUCCGCUUGUUAGCAAAGACCAUAAGGAAAAGCACAAAGAACAUUCUACAAAUCGCCAUCACAGUAGCAGUCACAAGCAUUCACAUAGUGGUAGCAGUAAAAAUAACAUUGAUGGAAUAACACCAGCUGUUUUGAAGAGUCCUGUUGGCCUGAGUAGUGAUGGUAAUUCCUCUAGUUCCGGCUCUUCACGAAAGAAGUUGCACAGCAAUGAUGCUUCUCACAACCACCACUCCAAAAUGAGCAAAAGUUCCAAAAGUUCAGGUAGUUCAUCUAGUUCUUCCUCCUCUGUUAAGCAGUAUGUAUCCUCUCACAACUCUGUUUUUAACCUUCCCUUACCCCCUCCUCCCCCUGUCACAUACCAGGUGGGCUACGGACAUCUCAGCACCCUCGUGAAACUGGACAAGAAGCCAGUGGAGAACGGUCCUGAUGCCAGUCACGAGUACAGUACAAACAGCCAGCAUAUGGACUACAAAGAUACAUUCGACAUGCUGGAUUCGCUGUUAAGUGCCCAAGGAAUGAAUAUGUAAUCAAUUGUUUAGGUCACUUUUUCCUUUAUAUAAUUUUUUUAAUUUAAGAAUUGUUAGAAUGGAAAACUUCCUAAUCUAGCAGUAGCAACACCAACUGUUGUUGCCACGGUUUCAGUAUAUGUAAGUGCUGCUUUAUCCUUCACUCUGAAGAGGUAUAGUAAACAAGUCUUUAUCUCCACAUACAAUAGUGUUAUAAAUACUGUAAUAGCAUGGAAGGUGCAAAAAUCUCAGUAUUUCUACAACUGCAGCUAAGAACUGUAGAAUGAUCAUCUGCUUUCAGGUGUCUAGGAUGCCUCAAGCAUUGAUUAUUUAUAAUUUUGAAAACUACAGCCACCAUUUUUGUUGCUUAGCUUUUGAAUGAGUGUAAUUGUUUUCUUGUGUAUUUAUACUGUAUGUAUGAUUUGCAUGUUUCAAAGAUAAAGGGAUUAAAAACAGUAUACUGACAACUGUUUACAAGAAAGUGGAGAAAAAUGUACAUACAUUUUUGUAUGUUUAGAUAUACCAUAAAUACUCAGGAUUGGAGCUGCUUGUAAGUAUAACAAAAUAUACAUAACUUUAUUUUAUCUUGUGUCAGAGUCCAUCAGUAAUCUAAACAAAGGUGACACUUUGUCAUGUUUAUCUUGAACUGUAGGCCUUAUUGGAAGCUGUUUAAAAGGGCACUUCACUAGAGUGGGUAAUCCAGUAACAUGUAUGAGCAUCCAUAGAGAGCAUCACCAAUGAGGCAAAUAAAGGAUUUUCAGCCUCAUUUUGCUGAUCGUGACCAGAUUGACUGCUGAAAUGCACCCUUAGCUUUCUGAAGGAAAAGAAGAAUAAAAGUUUACAUAAUUUUUUGAUGUGAAGUGCAUUUAAAUGUAUUGGCUUGAUGCAGUAAUAUAGGCAGAGCUGUUACUUAAUGAUUACGUAGAUUAAUGUGAUUUAAGAACUGAAAGUCAUAAAAACUUAUAGUGAAAAAUUAGUAAGUUGUUUUUUAAACUUUAAUACCAUAAGUUAUUUUAAUAGUAAACAGAGAUCACUGUUUCCAUUAGCAUUUCAGAAUAACAGCCAUGUUCUGAAUUCCAAAAAGUGUACUUGUGUGUGAUGCCAUAUUUCUUUUACAGGUGAGAAUGCUGUCUUCACAAUAAAUAAGCGUUAAACUAUAUCCCAAUUUUCCUUUAUAUUUCAACAAUAAAAUAGUUACCACUGAAUCUAUGUGCUUUGUACUUGUGAUAUUAGUUACAAAAUUGGAGAUGACUUGUUUUGUUUUUCAGCUGUGGAAAAAAAUUACUCCAAUUAAACCACUAGUAUACACUUUGUCUGCAAGUGUCACAAUAUGGCUUAUAUACUGUUUGCAGUCUUCUGUCUUUUUAGAAGAAAUAAGAGGCUUGAAUGUUUAUAUAUCAUUUUUGUUGAAAGCCAAUACUACAGUUCCGUUUUACCAGCUGACAGUUACAUAACUCUGUGAUUGUGCUUAAUAUCAUUAAUGUGCUUAAUAUCAUUAAUAAGCUAUUAAUGAAUUCAACAUAUAUUCAUUAUGCGAUAGCAAAAGCUGGUUCCUAGUGAUUGUUUUGAUUUUAAAAAAUAUAGAAAAAAUGAAGUUUUGCUAAAUCAUCUGUACAUGCAGCUAGUGCUUGGUGUAAUUGGUUGCAAACACUAGCCCUUUAGUUCCAUUGUUAAAUAAAAUGCUUUAAACCACAAUAUUGUUCAGUAUCUACCAGUUUGUAGUUGCUAUAUUAUGUAACUACAGGUAUAUCAAUUACUAUGUAAUACUCAGUUUCCAGUAAUGCAAAAGCUUGUAACUAAGUUGUAGUUGAACAGUGGACACUAUUUUUUAAAUCUAAACAUUUACAUUGAAAAAAAUAAUAUAUCUAGGUCCACACUGAGCCUUUGCCCAUGGAAAUAUAGGAUACAGAUCUUUACCCUUAACAGCUCUGAAUUUUUCUACAUUCAGAAAAAUAUAUAUUUCAACAUUACUACACUUGUUUGCAUUGUUGGAUAUGUUCUAACUCUUAAGUUUGUCUCCUGUUCAAAACAGCACUAAGUCUGAAGAAUUGUUGACAAAUGUAAGCACUGUAAACUGUUCUAAACUAAUAUGCAGAGGUAGAAAAUAAAAUAACAGUAAAUUGUAUUAAAAUACUUUUUUUAAAAGUAUCAAUAUUUGCUUGAAAGCCUGUUACAUUAACUGUAUCAUGAAAUGCAUUUUAUGCAUCCAAUCUGGAUACAGCAAUAUAUUCUACUAUAAAUAUAGCAUUUAAUGUUAAUAAUGUGGAGAUGAAAUGUCAGGCAGGUGAUUAAAGCAAAUGGAAAAAAACAAGAGAUUUUCACUUGAGGUGAUGACUUACAUAAAUUCAGAUUGAUUUUCGGGGGAUUGUGAAACUACAUUGACAACAGGUUGCUAUUCUAGGUUAAUGUGAAACAAACAGUGAGUUCAAUUUCUUUGUAAAAAAAAAAAAAAUCCACAAAUAAGAUUAUUUUUAGUUUGCAUUAUAAUUGUGUAAAUAUGUAUAUCUCUGUACUGAAGUCUUGCUCUCUGAAAUUAGGUGGAUCUGGGGAGAAAAAGCAACAUAUCACUAAUUCACGCUGAAUGCAAUCCAUUGCAAAUUACUGAACUUUGAAUAAAUAGCAUGAUCCAGCUGUUUACAGGAUCAGCAUUGGUCCCAUCAGUGAAUGAAAAAAUGCAAUAAAAAUAUAAUACACCACAAUGUACUUUGUUCACUUUGAUUAUAGUUUUGUUACAAUGUUGAGUGAAUAUAUUAGAAAAUACACUAUGUAUUUUGUAAAAAUGAAGUCUUAAUCUGAAACCUCACUACAGUGCUCAGCUAUUAAAUCUCUUUGUGAUAUGUUGAAGUGUGUGGAUUGAGAUUCUACUGUAUGUUGAAUCUUUAGUCUCCUUGCUAAUAAUGGUGGAAGUACUGAAUUAAAGUACUCUAGACAAUGUACUGUAUCUUGCUGUGGUUUAGUAUUUUUGGUAUUUGGAUAAAAUUGAAGUGCUGUGUGUAUAUAUAGAUAGCCUUUCUGCUCAUUGUAGAUAAAUGUUUCAUGUUAAAAUAGCCAGUUGCAUUUUUAAACAUCCCUUUUAUGAGAUUAAAACUUCACUUGUCUUUUUCAAAGACAACUUGUGUAAAAGCUAUUUAUUAAUAAAAUACCUUGCCUCAUCACUCU